AUGACCCGGAAGUUUUGAUUAAGGAGUUCAGCAUUAAAGCACGUGUAGCCGGGCAGAAAUGGCAGGAGUGUGUGUGGAUGAGGAGAACGAGGUGCUCCAGUCCCUCACGGUCACUAUAGGAGCUACUGUUCCUACAGGCUUUGAACACACUGCAGCUGAGGAAGUGCAGGAAAAAAUAGGAGCUACUGCCAGAAUUAGCAAAGACCGAGGCAGAAUAUAUUUCGAAAUAACUACGGAUCAUCUGCAUAAGGUGCACCAUUUGAAGUCUGUGGACAAUUUGUUUGUCGUGGUUGAACAUUAUGACAAUUAUCAGUUUAAAGAAACAAAGGAAGAAGCUUUAUUAGACCUCCAGCAGCUUGCUCCUGUGUUGCCCUGGAACAGUGCUUUGGAGGUCUGGAAGAUAAACAACUCUCUGAAGAAGAAGAGAAGUCGCAGGAGAGGAGCUGCAGCCCCCAAACCGAAGCCUAGCAACACUGCUGAACCUGAGAAACCUCAAGCCGAGCCUGAUACGUCAGAGCUCAAAGAGAACCCGGGAAGUUCCUGUGCUGAGCAGGAGCCGGGUCCUGAAGGAGAACAGGACUCCGAUAUUCAGGAGACAGAAGCUAAGCCUUUGAAAUUCCGUGUGACUUGUAAUAGAGCUGGAGACAAGCACAGCUUUACUUCGAAUGAUGCAGCGCGGGACUUUGGUGGUGCUGUGCAAGAUUUCUUUCAGUGGAAGGCAGACAUGACCAGGUUUGAUGUGGAAGUGCUGUUGAAUAUCCACAACAACGAGGUGGUGAUUGGCAUUGCUCUCACGGAGGAAAGUCUGCACAGAAGAAACAUUACUCACUUUGGUCCCACCACUCUGCGCUCCACACUGGCUUACGGAAUGCUAAGACUUUGUAAACCACAAAUAUCAGACAUCAUAGUAGAUCCCAUGUGUGGCAGUGGAGCCAUACCUUUAGAGGGAGUCAUCGAGUGGACAAAUUCAUUCUUCCUUUCCGGAGACAACAAUGACAUGGCCAUCAGUCGAACAGUUAAUAACAUCAACCACAUUGUAAAGAAAAAGCAAGAUGGUGGCAGCGCUUCUCCAGGAUUAUCUAUAGACACUGUGCAGUGGGACUUGUGCCAUUUACCCUUGAGGACCAGUUCUGUGGACAUCAUCACUACUGACAUGCCCUUUGGAAAGAGAAUGGGCUCCAGGAAGAAGAACUGGAAUCUAUAUCCGUCCUGUCUUCGUGAAAUGGCACGUGUCUGCAGGCCAGGUACAGGACGGGCUGUAUUGCUCACUCAGGACAAGAAAUGCUUCACUAAGGCCCUGUUGCAAAUGGGAGGGCUGUGGAGGAAAUCACACACGGUUUGGGUAAACGUAGGAGGGUUGCAUGCUGGCGUGUUUGUGCUGCGCCGCACGGCAGCCCUUUUUGGCAGCACUCCAGAUGUAAGAGAGCCUCUCGUGGGAUGUGACUCACAAGAGAUCAACAUGGAGGAGAAGGUUCAGUCAGCAAGAUCUGAAUGAGAUACUGUUCAAGUAACUGACAGUAUAUGAUGCCUGUAAAAGUUUGACUCCACAGUUUGGUCAUAUUCAGUUAAUACUGUUGGAAUACAAUUUUCUUUUCCCAUAUCAGCAACACAUGUUGUCUUUGUUUGUGGAAAAAUGAAACUAUAGAAAUUUCCAUUGUAUGUUGCUCUCAGACUGAAGUGCCAAUCAAUAACCAAUAAAUGUUGAAUAAC